AUGAAGGUAAAUGUACACUGUGAGAUGCAUGUCUGUCUGCGUGUUCUGAUGCGUCUAUGUCGAUGGGCUGGUUUCUUUCCCGUUGAAGGUCUUGAUAAACUCAAUAUGUGCAAACUAAGCAAAGUCAAAACCAUUGAAGAUUUUGUGUAUUACUUUUACUCGUUUUCAUUUUUACUGACACGAUCAUGCGUCACCUCGUUCUUGGCGGCAAACAUCCAUACUGUGUCUAAACGGCCACUUAUGAUUAUCCAACACCUGCCUUCAGCGGAAUAUGAUAUUGAAAUCCAAAGAUUGAUCCGGCAAAUCCGAUACACAACUACUGCUUUGAGUGGGGUCUUUUUCCACAUCACAAGAGGGAUGAUUCUUCAGGUUAUUGCAAAUAUUGUUAAGUAUGAGCUGGUUUUGGUACAAUUUGCUCGACGGAAAUACCAAGCUAUCAGCCAGUAA